AUGGCAGACUCCUUAAGCAAAGCUGCUGGAAACCAGUCCAAGCCAGAGACAUCCAAAGAACCGAUGAAUACCAUCCCGCAUGCUGUCAGAAGCAUCCCUUGGACCAGCAUGUAUUUUCACCUCUUUUCCUCGUCAGAUUCAGCCAAGGAAGAGGAAAGAAAAGAAGAAAAAACAGCAAACCAAGAGUGGAAGCUCCCAUUGCACAGCCGCGGGAAAGGAGGAUGUUGA